AUGCUCAUAAUUUCAUCCUACAGCUUCCGGAAGGAUAUGAAACGAAGGUCGGUGAAAGAGGGGCGCUUCGAGGUUAAGCACGUCGAAAUCGAGCCCAACAAUGUUCGAUUCACCGAUGCCUUUCAACGAUCCACAAUCGCUAUCAUCAUCAAAUCACCCACCGCCUUCGUUCUCCUGACUGCUUGCUCUAAACUCGCCGGAAUGGAAACAAGCGGUGAUUCAGAGCUUAGCAGCGACGACGUUUGGCGCUGUGCAACCGGUGUACGUGUUAACAGUAGGAGGAGUGAUUUCAACUUUUUUUGUACUAAAUCACGAAGAGAUGAAUUCCCGAAUAAGAACUUACUCCAUAAUCUUCUGUUCACUUUCCAUCAUCUCUAUCCUCGUUAA